GACUUGGUCUCUUGAUUGAAGUUUCAGGUCCUAAUGGAUCUCGUGUCACUGAGAUAAGAUCUAUGGCAGUGGUUUUGCAAACUUGGACCUCGCUUCACCUGCCUUUACCAACUUUGGCUUGGUUUAACUUCAGGAUUCCAAAACAUACAAUCGUCUUAUGUGUCGCUGUUCAGGAUAGGCUAACGACCAGAGACUGUUUGAGAAGUGGGGAUUGUCUGUUCCAAGCGUAUGUUUACUUUGUGGGAUGGAUCCGGAAUCUCGUAAUCAUCUCUUCUAUGGAUUCUUCUUCAAGGAACUCAAAACUCAAGGCAAUUUGCAAGUUGAUUUUUCAAGCCGUGGUCUAUGAUUUAUGGAAAGAACAGAACUCAAGAUUGCAUACAACUACUACCAAACCAACACAUGCGGUGGUUAAGCAUAUGCGACUUAAUUUGAGAGCAAAACUCGCAAAUUUAGACCGAAAAGCUCGGUUAUUCAUCUCCACUUUUUCAAGCACAACAGAAGAAGAAUCUUUCAUCUCUACUUGGUUCAAAUUCAUCCAACUGUAAUCUGGUUUUCUUCAAGGUUUCUUUCAAUUGCUUCACUUUUGUUUCAUCUUGUGUAAUAAAUGUUCUUUAUUUUCUCUUUCUUCUAUGUUCUUCAAAUGUUGUAUGUAAACUUUAUCCCUUCGUGGGAAACAAAUAAAGAAAUUCAAGUAAAAAAAAAAAUACUGAAUUGAUUGACAACGAUGCCAUUUUAUUGGAUGGCGAGCUUGGCACUCAAU